UUCGAAUAUAAUUAUGGAAAAAUUUUGCAUUGUCAUAUAAUAUUCAAGACAGGUUAUAGACAGAGAGUGAGUUAGGUAUAAAUGCGUUCGCCCACUUGUUAAUCGGUUUAUUAUACUCUAUGCAACUCUCGCAAGCAAUUCGUGUUACGUGAUCAGUGAUCAGUGUUUAAUGGGUUGCUCGAGUAGCACGAGAAAUCAAUUCUUUGCGGCUUUAAGCGCAAAUUUGCUAACUCUGUCGUAUGGCGCCAGUUUCGGUUGGAUAUCUUCAAGCUAUCUGCAAUUGCAAGAUCCUCAGACUAGUCGUUUGACAUUGGGAACUCUCACAAAAGAUGAUCUCGGUUGGGUGACCUCAUCUCUCUCACCUGGCGGUCUCUUUGGAGUGCUAUUCUUUGGCUGGUUGGCCGAUAAAAUCGGACGUAAACGUUGCCUGCUCCUGAUGGCAGUGCCAAUUGUGCUGCACUGGCUGCUCAUUGCCACUGCCACGAAUCUCAUUCAGUUGUGUGUGGCUCGCUUUCUUGCCGGAGCUGCUGGGGGCUGUGGCCUGACUGUGAUUCCCAUUUACAUCACAGAGUUGGCUGAGGAUAGACUUCGUAGUACAUUAGGGACUAUUUCCUUUCUAAGCUUCUGCAGCGGAUUGCUGCUCAUCAAUGUAUUGGGUUAUCUCUUUCAUUAUGUAACUGUGGCAUGCAUAAUGAUUGCCCUGCCUUUGGUGUUUGCCACUUGUUUUGCUUUUAAGCCGGACACACCUCAAUAUCUGGAACAACGCAAUCGCAGAGAAGCGGAAAGAUCCCUUAAAUAUUAUCGUGGAAUCCCUUCGAAGGAAUCACUCAACGAGGAAUUGCAGCUGGAGCUGACAAGACUCUGCAAGUCCACACAGCAAAUGCAUGUUGGCAGUGAUAACAAUUCCUUCAGCUGGAGCGAUUUUAUUAAUCUAAUAAGUUUAUCAUACGGCGGUGUUAUCUGUUGGACCUCAGCUAGUUAUAUUUAUCUGAAAGAGGAUUCGAAUCACUUUGAAACCGGGGUACUGACAAACGAACAACUAGGUUUGAUUACUGCCGCACUUUCUCCUGGCUCGCUUGCUGGCGCCUUUUUCUUUGGGUGGCUGGCUGAUAAAAUCGGAAGAAAGCGAUGUUUGCUGUUCACUGCAUUGCCAAUGCUGGCACACUGGUUAAUUAUUUGCUUUGCCAGAAAUCCAUGGCAAUUGGCUGUGGCACGUUUUCUUGGAGGAACUAUCGGCGGAAGUUCCUACACCGUGAUUUCCAUUUACAUUACUGAGAUAGCCCAGGACAGUCUGCGCAGCACACUGGGCAUGAUUACAUCACUAGCUCUGGCCUCCGGCUAUUUACUUAUUAAUACCUUGGGUUAUUUUCUUCAUUACAUCACUGUGGCUUGGAUCAUGACAAUCAUUCCUUUGGCUUUUCUUGUUUUAUUUGCCUUCAAUCCCGAGUCACCGCACUACUUGGCACAACGCAAUAGGAAAAAGGCAGAGCGUUCACUCAGAUAUUAUCGUGGUAUAUCUUCAUCUAGCGAUGCCAAUGAGGAGUUCCAGCAGGAGCUGAGCAGAUUGUGCCAAUCAGAGGAUGAGAAGCCAAGAAAACUUCAGCUCUGCUGGCACGAUUUCACUAAUCGCAAGGCGCGCAAGGCUUACUUCAUUGGAUUGGGUUUGGUUCUGACGAAUCAAUUUAAUGGCUGCUUAACGUUGCAAAACUAUAUGACGUUUAUUUUUGAGGAAGCUGGGUCUAAUUUACCGCCAAUGAUUUCUGCAAUUAUUGUCAGCGUAAUUGUAUUAGUAGGCACUUUUUUAUCGACGCAUUUUGCGGGAUUUGCAGGGAGAAGGACGUUAUUACUCGGUUCGAUCUCUGGCAUUUUCAUAGGUGAAUCUGUCAUGGCUUUGUAUUAUUAUCUUACUUCCAAGGGAUAUGAGACGAGCAUGUUCAACUGGCUACCGAUAGGUACAUUCUCUCUUGUACAAUUUUCUUCAACAUUCGGCAUCCUGUCCGUCACCACUCCGCUUAUUGCUGAGCUGACGCCGCCAAAGAUUCGAAGCAUUGUUGUUAGAGUGCAAAUCGUAACCAUGUUUCUGCUGUCAUCGGUCAUAACUAAGAUAUUUCCGCAACUUAGUGAAUCUCUUGGCAUGUCCAGCAUGCUUUUUAUAUUUGCCGGACUUUCCUUUAUUUUCACUGUAUUUAUUGCAAUCUUUGUUCCAGAAACAAAAGGAAAAUCUAUCCAAGCUAUUCAGGAUAGCUUGUAAAUUGUGAAAUACGAAUUGUCUUCUUAAUAAUAAA